AUGUCCACCCUCUCCUCUCCUCGACCCUCCAAUGCCUCGUCGCGGGCCCAUUCUCCAGCUCCGGCAUCUUCUCGUCCGUCGCUUGAUACGCUGAACACCAACCCCGGCGGGCUCAGCGCCCCGUCAACCCCAUCAACCGCACGUGCCGUCUCACCCAACCCGCGACGGAAUCGCUCUGCUCUUAGAGACUACUACAACCUCAAGCCUCCGACGGGUGAAUUAGGUGCCCCACGCGGCUCAUCUCGUUCGCGCAGCGUACCGCGGUCAACCGAUGCGGGCGACAUCUCCAACCCAUCUGCACUGGCAUCAGGAACCGAGCUGGACAACGAAGAUUUCGAUCCGCAACGCUACGUAGACCAGCUACUCUCCACGUCAUCUCUUUCAACGAUCUUCAAGGCAGAGAAUACACUGGUGGGGGACAUUCGCACUCUCGACGGGGAGCGCAAGGCACUCGUUUACGAUAAUUACUCCAAGUUAAUCCGCGCCGUCGAGACAAUUGGCAAGAUGCGCCGAAGCAUGGAUGAGCGUGGAGCUCCGUUGACCAUGACCAAGACUCUGGGGCCGGCAAUUGCUUUCGUUGCGGAGACGGCCGAGGCGAGCAGCCAAGAGGAUGCUGCGCUCAAGAAGGCUGAGAAGGAAACUGUGCGGUGGGUGCUUGCGGCACCGGACAGGCUGGAGAAGCUUCUGGGCGAUGGGAAACGGGAGGAGGCAGGCAAGGACUGGGCCGAGGUUCAACGUCUGCUUGACGCUUGGGGUCAAGUCAAGGGUGUCGCUGAGCUUCGUGAAGCCUGUAAAAAGGUUAUGGACACGGAUGACCACGACGACUGA